GCCAUAUGACAGGGAUGAGACCUCUCUCAUCCCCAGCUCUUACUCGUGUGGACUGAUCUCGCUCACUCCCACACUAGGCACAAGUCAUUUCCAGGUAGGAGCACGCACAAGCCCCCCUCUCUCUAUGCCUACUCGAUCACAGUAGUGAGAGGUGAAAAGCAUCCUCUGAUGUUCUGCAUGUUCUUCGUUCCUCUUCCUAUUCGUUAACAUCUCAGCCUUUUACUAUGUUUAGGAGUACAUUCAUCAGAAUUCAUCACUGUAUUGGUAAAAUCACGAGAGGGUUUGUCUUACCAUUGGCGUAGUUGAUCAGGGAGUAGAAUUGGUAGUUGGUACCUUCCAUCUUGUUUGUUGAUUUCGGCGCUUUCGUUCCCGUGAAUUUGUUUGUAAGGAAAUUGACAAGUUCUAAUUGGGUUAUUUUGAGGAAGUUUAUUGUUCUUAGUUAUGUAGAAUGCCCAUUGUUGAGCUUGAUUUUUGGGGCAGUGGAUUGAAAAACCAUGAUAGGGGCUCACAUUUUCUCACUUUUUCACGUUGGCGCUCUGAAGAAGCUCAUUGAAAUGCUGUAGAAAGAAAAUGGCUUCGUUGAGUUUGGCCUGUUGUUUGGAUACCUAUGAGAACGAGAAACGGGGAUACUACAUAAAUUUGAACAGGAGAGGUCAUCGGCGUUCCUUCCGAUGGUGCUCUGGGAAUUCUGCCCCUGAAAGCAAGUUGGGGAAGGUAUGGUCUAUACGGUUUUAUGGAACCCGUGUCGAUAGCAGAACAGAAGAAGCAUUGUAUCUGCCUUCUUUUAGAUUCACGUCAACUGAUGUUUUUGGAUGCGUUCGAAUAAUUAGGACAGACAGUUUUCACUUGUACUCGAAACUUGAAAGAAGCAUGCUCUUGGGGGCAUCUGGAGCGCAUUCUUUUGGCUUAGAAUCUGAUUUGUCUAAUAAUUCGGAAAUAAAUAUCAGUGACAAUGUGGCACGACCACUUGAUGAUUCAUUGAAUUCUCGGAAUUUGAGUAAGAGGCGACUUCCGGGUAAGAGGGGACUUCCGGAAUCAGAUUAUAAAAGUCCACUGCUGAAGAGGGUGAGCAAACUGUCCAAGUACCUACAAGGUGCAAAGGAGGGGAAGAAAAUUGAAACGUUGCAGCAUAUAAUUGGGAAAACAAAUGACCAAACGACUGAACAGGAUAAGCAUUUAGUUUCCGAUGUAGGUUACGAUCUGCAAGCAAUGAUUUCUAGCAUCGGACCACAGUCUAGCUUGCGCCACUGUAAUGCUGUUCUCAAAGUGCUUGAACAAAGGAGUGAGAAUGAGAUGUUAAAAAUGUUUGAGUGGAUGAAGAAGAAUGAUAAGCUGAAAGGUAACAGAACAGCCUAUAAUUUAGCUCUUCGUGUUUUAGGUAGGAGAGAAAAUUGGGAUGGAGCUGAAGCGUUGUUACACGAGAUGUGUGCUGAGUCGGGCUGUAUCCUCACUUGUCAGGUGUUUAAUAGCCUUAUAUAUGCUUGCUAUAAAAAAGGUCUUGUUGACUGGGGAACAAAAUGGUUUCGGACGAUGUUGAAUAAAAGUGUUCAACCAAACCAAGCAACCUUUGGUAUGAUGAUGAACUUGUAUAAGAAGAGCAACAAUAUUGCUGAAGCUGAAUUUGCCUUUGGCCAGAUGAGGUCCUUCCAUUUAUGCUGUUGUGUUGCAUACUCUGCAAUGAUGACGAUAUAUACACGUUCAGGUUUGUAUGAAAAAGCAGAAGAAGUUAUAACAUUUAUGAAAGAAGACGGAGUGCUACCAAAUACUGAAAAUUGGCUAGUUCGUCUCAACACUUAUUGCCAACAGGGUAAACUAGAGGAAGCUGAAUCGGUGUUGAGGGCAAUGAAACAGGCAGGUGCUCCCCCAAAUAUUGUUGCAUAUAAUACGUUGAUCACAGGUUAUGGGAAGAAAGCUGACAUAGAAGGUGCUCAACGUGUAUUCCACGCUAUCGAGAAGGUAAAGCUAGUGGCAGAUGAAACAACUUACAGAUCGAUGGUCGAAGGUUGUGGCAGGGCUGGUAAAUAUGAAGAGGCAUUGUGGUUCUAUAAGGAGCUUAAGAGGUUGGGUUUUCAACCUAAUGCUUCCAACUUCUACACCGUCAUAAAUUUGCAAGCAAAGCUUGAAGACGAUGAGGGUACCAUACAGACUCUCAAGGACAUGAGAGCAGUAGGCUGUCAGCAUUCAUCAAUUGUUAGCAGCCUAUUGCAGGCAUAUGAGAGGGUUGAGAGGUUAGCCAAGGUUCCUCUCAUUUUGGAAGCAUCUUUUUAUGAUGCAUUACUUCGUGAUCAGACAUCAUGUUCCAUUCUGGUCUUGGCAUACAUUAAGCAUGGGAUGGUGGAUGAGGCAUUGCAAGUUCUACAGGGAAAAGUUUGGAAAGAUCAUGUUUAUGAAGAUAAUUUGUACCAUUUGUUAAUAUGCUCCUGCAAGGAGGCUGGCUGCUAUGAGCAUGCUGUAAAGAUUUUCAUGCAGAUGCCCAUAUCUGUUGGCAAACCAAAUUUGUACAUUACAUGCUCCAUGAUUGAUGUUUAUAGUUCCAUGGGCCACUUCGAGAAAGCUGAGGAUCUAUACUUUAAGUUAAGAUCCACCAACAGAAAGUUAGACAUGGUUGCCUACAGUGUCAUCGUGAGAAUGUAUGUCAAAGCGAAGCUAUUCAAAAGUGCCUGCUCAGUUCUUGAGACUAUGGAUGAGCAUAAAGAUAUCAUGCCUGAUGCUUUUCUCUUCCGUGAUAUGCUUCGGAUAUAUAAACAAUUAGACAUGCCAGACAAGUUGGCAGAUAUUUAUUACAGAAUCUUGAAGAGUGGGAUUGUGUGGGAUGAGGCAAUGUAUAACUGUGUGAUAAACUGCUGCGGUCAUGCUUUGCCCAUUGAUGAACUUUCUCGACUUUUUGAUGAGAUGCUUGAGUUGGGAAUUCCACCUAAUACAAUCACCUUCAACGUUAUGAUUCAUAUUUAUGGUAAAGCAGGCUUCUUUAAGAAGGCUUGGAAAGUUCUUAGAAUCGCUCAGAAGAUGGGCGUGGCUGAUGCCAUCUCAUUCAAUACUAUCAUAGCAGCUUAUGGAAAGAAUAAGGAUUUUAAGAAAAUGAAAUUUGCUGCAAGGCAAAUGGAAUAUGCUGGUUUUGAAAUUUCUCUUGAGGCAUAUAACUCUAUGUUGGACGCUUAUGGUAAGGAAGAUUAUGUUGAGGAGUUCAAUGAUGUACUCCAGAAAAUGAAGGAAUCAUGCUGUGUUUCUGACCAUUAUACAUACAAUAUCAUGAUCAAUAUAUAUGGGAAAAAAGGUUGGAUAGAAGAAGUGGCCAAUGUUCUAGCUGAGCUGAAAGAACGAGGUCUGGAGCCUGAUUUAUGGAGUUACAAUACAUUGAUAAAGGCAUAUGGGAUUGCAGGAAUGGUUGAAGAAGCAGUCUAUCAAGUAAAGGAAAUGAGGGAUAGAGGAAUUGAGCCUGAUCGCAUAACAUUUAUUAAUGUUAUUGAUGCAUUUCAAAGGAAUGACAACUUCUUGGAGGCUGUAAAAUGGUCAUUAUGGAUGAAACAAUUAGGAGUGGCAAGUUCGAAGCACUGACAUCAUAUUUCUAGAAAGGAUGAUAAACAUAAAUUACUAUGUACAAACUUGGCUUUUGUUUGACAACUGUCCGUGUACAAAUUUGAUGAUCUGUUUUCCAGUUUCUUCAUUAUAAGUUUUAAUUUAUAUUUAGGAAAUUCUUCCUCGACAGGUCUCAUGUCGCUGCCUAAUUUGGGCACCUUUUUGGCUCUGAGGUUUUUCAUAUACUUUCAAUCUAUAUGUACCCAUUACAUUUCUCACUAUAACUAGUAUUUGGUAUCUUAUGAACGACUAGAUUGCUCUUUUUAAUUUUUUUCCCGUCUCCAUCCAAAUUCUCUAACUUCCUAGUCAUGUUACAAUUGUGCACGCAACAUGCAUAGGCGUGAAAGAUUGGUAAUUGGUUAUUGAACUAAUGAUUUCAUUACUAGUGAUAAGUCUAAACGUUGAGGUCAUCCUUGUAAAAUUUAUUAAGGACUUCUUCUUAACACUUUAUUUUCUUUCUUUUGUUGUUAUUCCUGUUACUGCAACAUGUUUGACAUGAAUAAUGGCACUCAAGGUUGAGUUGCCCUAUUUUCUGCUGCUGAAAACCGAUAAUGAAUGAUGACUAACAAAAACUUGUCUUCUCUGAUCGAAAACUGUAACAUGUAGUUUUGUAGUCUUCUACCUGAAAGCUGUUCAUCAUAGAGUUGAAAUUAGCUGUUGCACAGCUUGUGACUUCCACCUCUGUUUGGUCAUUUCCGGCCUACAUUUCAUUUUGAAGUUGACCAGGAUUUAGAAUUGGUGUUGCUUUAUUGUUCACUAUCCCAUUGUGUUGCAAUAAAUGACCUUCUGUUCCCUGGAUUGAGUUCGCAGAUACGGAUAUUCAAAUAAGUUCUCUAUUUUAUGAUAUCUGACCUGAGGGGGCUUCUUUUCCUGAUUCACUCGAAGGUGCUGCCUGGCUGUUGCAAGGCUGAAUGUCUAUGCAACAAGAUUUCCGCCAGAAGAAGGAAAGGGGAGAUCUUUGACAAACUAAAGGUCCUUCUGGUGAGUCGACAUCCACCACACAUUAUGUGGUGAUUUGAAUUGGAGAUGAGUUGAGGCCGCCUCCUAAGUGACAGGGAUCUGUAUUAUGGUCUUCUUCAGUUCGGGCACUUUGGUUGAGCUUCAAUCCGUUCGUUCUGCUUUCCAUAGUCCUCACCGGUAAGCAGCCAUGGGAGAACUUUUUGCACAUCAACACAGUGAUCCGAUAAACGCAUAGGUGAAAUGUUGUUUGUUUGAAUUGGGUGUUCGGUGUUAAGGCAAGAAUCAAGAUUAGUUGCAACAAACGUUACAACCAACUGAAAGGUCUUUCUUCUGAGUUCAAUGCACCACAUUAAAUUGCUGCACGAAGAUUCCAGAAAGGGUUGGCAGGACGGUCAGGGUGGCAAACUCUCGUGGCGUCAACUUUAUGUGUUGCAAAAGAGGGGACAGUUGAAGCAUAAUGGAGCCGUCACCUUGAGACACCAAAAGUAAUCUUGGACCCUUGGGAUAGAAGAAAGGAAGAGGCUUUGGCCUUGGGGAUAGAGGAAAGGAAGAGGCUUCGGCCUUCACUCACAUUUCUUCUUGCUCAUCUGAAAAUGGCUGUCUGAAGAUGUUCGUUUGAUAUUAAAAAUAACUGCUCCAGUAACACGAA